AUGAAGGCAUUCUAUUUGUUGCACAAAAAAGCGAAAUCCUCUCCAUCGUCUACCUUUUUCGAAACUUAUUUGCGCAUGAUUCUGUAUCAUUCACUCAUUGUACAACCUGGCGAGACUCUUGCUUUGGUCGGACCAAGCGGUUGCGGAAAGUCUACGGUUGUAUCCCUUCUGGAACGAUUAUACGAUCCUUUAGAUGGUGUUGUGGCUGUGGACGGCAACGACCUUCGUGAAAUGAAUCCGACCCAUCUGCGUUCUCACAUUGCUUUGGUGUCACAGGAGCCAGUCCUGUUUGAUACUUCCAUCAGGAACAAUAUUGUUUACGGUCUUCCUGCUAACUCGGUUACGGAUGAUAUGAUUAUGGAAGUGGCCCAGAGAGCUAAUAUUCACAAAUUUAUCAGCGAGCUGCCAGAUGGUUUCAACACAAGGGUCGGCGAGAAGGGUACUCAGCUUUCGGGAGGCCAGAAACAACGGAUUGCUAUUGCUCGUGCACUCAUCAGAAACCCUAAAAUUCUUCUGCUUGAUGAGGCUACAAGUGCGUUGGAUACGGAAAGUGAAAAGCUAGUCCAAGAAGCUUUGGACAAGGCAUCCAAAGGUAGAACCUGCAUCGUAGUUGCUCAUCGACUGUCUACGGUCGUUAAUUGCAAUUGUAUAAUGGUCGUGAAGUCUGGAAAGAUUGUCGAAAAAGCACAUUUUCGCGAAUGCAUUGUAAUAUCUGAUAGUAUUAUAGAAGCUUAG